AUGGACUUCGACGACAUUGGCAGCAAGCUUGCCAACCUCACCAUGUACGACGUCAAGUCGCUCUAUCGCCAGGCGCGCAACUAUGCGCUCAACGUGAGCGAGAUCGAGGCCAAGGUGGACGAGGCCACCAACGACGAUCCAUGGGGCGCCAGCUCCACGCUCAUGCAGGAGAUCGCGCAGGCCACCAACAACUUCCAGGACUUCAACGAGAUCAUGCCCACCAUCUACCGCAGAUUCAUGGAGAAGGAGGCGCGCGAAUGGCGCCAGAUCUACAAGGCGCUCCAGCUGCUCGAGUAUCUCGUCAAGCACGGCUCGGAGCGCGUCGUCGACGACGCCCGGUCCCACCUCGCCACCAUCAAGAUCCUGCGCAACUUCCACUACAUCGAUGAGAAGGGUAAGGACCAGGGUAUCAAUGUGCGCAACCGUGCGAAGGAGCUCGCCGAGAUGCUCUCCGAUGUCGAUCGCAUCCGUCAGGAGAGGAGGAAGGCGCGCACCAACAAGACCAAAUACACUGGCGGCGGCAACGGCGAAUUCGUGCCCGGUAGCGGCACCGGUCGCUACGGCGGCUUCGGCAGCGACAGCUACUGGGCUGGUGGUGGAGCUGGUGCCGGUGCUGGCAGCUCCAGUGGCGGUGGCGGAGGCGGAGCGGCUGCUCGAGAGAGCUUCGAGGAGUACGAUGCAGGAGACUUUGAAGAGACGCCUUCCAGCCGUCCACAGCCUAGCUCGAGCACCACACGCGGUGCAUCGUCGCGCACCACCCAGCCACCCAAGAAGGAAGCGCCCAAGGUGGCUGACCUGUUCAGCUUUGACGACGACGACGAGCAAGCUGCCGCUCCCGCCAUCCCCGCGUCUGCCACCCAAACCUCCGCAGCAGCUGCCACCAACGAUGGAUUCGGCGAUGACUUCGACGACUUCCAGGCCGCACCUGCUGCUCCUGCCGCUGCUCCUGCCAGUAAAGCCCCCGCGGCUGCUGCUCAGCCCCCAGCGGCCUCAUUCGACUUUUUCGACACGGCUAAGCCCUCUGCGCCAGCCGGAGCAGCGUCCAAGGCGGCCGUCGGCAAUGUCAUGGCUCCAUCGCAGCCCGCACAGCCAGCCGUCCAAGCCCAGCGUCCUGCUGCGGCCACCAACACGUCGUUCAACUUUGACGAUCUGUGGGCGGCGUCUUCUGGCAAGUCGAGCGCUGCUGCCGGCAAGCAGAAGAUGUCGAUGGCCGAGAUGGCGAAGAACCAGAGCUCGAGCGCUCUCUUCGCCUCGACGUCCUCGGCUGCGUCGUCGCAGCCCGCCGCGCAGCAGCAGAAGAAGGAUAUCUUUGACCUUCUCUAG